AUGGAAUUAUUAUUAACAUUACCUUAAAAGUAUACAAUAAUGUUUAUCUUAAUCACAUCCGAAUUAUCUACCCAAAUACCAUAGUACUAAUAAUUUUUGAAAUGUAAAUUUGAGAGGGGAAAAAAAAAAAAAGAAAGAAAAUUCCAAACGGUAACUUUGUUCCCAUUUUUCCUAAACCUUAAAAUUUUCCAACUGUUAGAUAAGAUCAGAAACGCAUCCAACGGUUGUAGUUUGAAACAAACAAAGUUUACCGUUGGAGCGUUUUCCCUCUUGAGUCUUCCCCCACAAAAAGCAGAACACCAGCUUUAAUAUUUCCGAUCAUCUUUUCUUCACCAAAUUUUCUCAAUUCUUCAAUCAUCCAAAAAAUUGCAGAAAAAUCCAGAAAUUUUAAUCCACAAAAUUUAAGAGAGAGAAAGAGAAAAAGAAUUAGAGAGAAAAAUUUAACGGUGGCUUGGGAAAAGGAAGAAGAAGGAGAGACAGGCAAUAAUAGCCGUCUCAAUACGUUUUUAUCGACGCUUUUUUCAAGCAUUGGUGGCGUUUUUGGACAAUCUUUAGAUAUGGAUUCCAGAAUUGUUCUUCCUUCUCAUCUUCCCAUCAAAGAUCCUGAAGAACAGAAGCAUAAAAAAGAUGGCGGAAACCGUAAACCUCUUCAAGAAAUUGGAAAUAUGGUUAAUUUCCACAAUGUUCCUAUUAUCAAGAGCUUAGGAGCCUUGUCACUGGUACCUGAUGGAGGAGUAGCUGACAAGAAAAUGAAGGAAGAAGAACUAGUAAAAGAACCCGAGGCGCGAGCUCAGAAGAAGGUUACAUACAACCCAAACCCUGAGACAGUGAUCAUAAUAAUAAGCUCUGAUGAGGAAGAAGAAGCUGAUGACAAAAGGCAGAUGAAGAAGAAAAGGGUUCUUAGUGGUAAAAAAACCUCUAGGAAGAAGAAAUACAGCCUUACUUCAGUCCUCACUGCGCGAAGCAAGGCAGCUUGUGGGCUUGCAACGAGGCCUCGAGAGCAGGUGGUGAACAUUGAUGCUGCAGAUGCUGAUAAUGAGUUAGCAGUAGUUGAAUAUGUGGAGGAAAUUUACAAGUUCUACAGGACUACAGAAGAUGAGUAUCGAGUUUUUGAUUAUAUGCCGCUGCAGUCCCACAUCAAUGAGAAGAUGAGGAUGAUUCUCAUCGAUUGGCUGGUCGAAGUUCAUAACAAGUUUGAACUGCUGCCUGAAACCCUUUACCUGACCAUCGACCUCGUGGAUAGGUAUCUUUCGACAAAGAUUGUUUCGAGGAAGGAACUUCAGCUGGUAGGCAUCAGCUCAAUGCUGUUAGCCUGCAAAUAUGAAGAGAUUUGGGCACCUGAGGUGAAUGAUUUUAUGUCUAUCUCUGACAAUGCAUACACCCAUAAACAAAUACUAGCAAUGGAGAAAGAAAUCUUAUUGAAAUUGGAGUGGAAUCUCACAGUUGCUACUCCAUAUGUCUUCCUUGUUAGGUUCAUCAAAGCUACUGUUCCUACUGAUAAAGAGAUGGAACACAUGGCCUUUUACUUGGCAGAAAAUGGUCUGAUGCAGUAUCAGUUAGUGGUGUCAUACUGCCCGUCACUAAUCGCUGCUGCUUCCGUGUAUGCUGCCCUGCAUUAUUUGGGGAGAACUCCUGUUUGGACUGAUACACUCAAGCACUACACAGACUACUCAGAAGAGCAGCUCAAGGAAUGUGCUAAGAUGUUGAUCAAAUUCCAAAUGACUGCGAAAGAAAAUAAAAUGAAAGGAGUUCUCCGGAAAUUCUCAAGUAGUGACAGGGGUGCUGUUGCCCUGCUUCCACCUGCUAUGCAUCUAAACGAGCAGUGAAAUGGAUUAUUUCGAGUCUGAUAGUGCUCUUUUUUGUGGAAAUUGUGUCUCCCAAGGUUUUUGUUGACAGUAGUAUCAGAGAUCUGUAGGGCUUGCAGAUUUGUGGCUUCUAAUGUUUUUGACAUGUAUCUUAUCAGAUAGAUCAUGAAUGGUUUUCGGCUAUGUAAAACCUUAUUACCUAUUGUAGUUUUUAGUUCUGGUUUCUUUCGCAUCUUGCAAAAUCUUUUGCAUCUGUAUCAUCUAGAUCCUGAAUGUUUUUGACAGUUUAUCUAGAUCAUGAAUGGUUCCCGGCUAUGUAAAUCCUAUACCUCAAUUGCAAUUAAUAUUCUGAUUUCUUUC